AUGACUAUUAUCACGAAUCCAUCCAGUUUCACUCUUGUUUUAAUUUCCAUUACGCUGGUCCUGGCUCUUGCUAGACGUUUUUCAAGAUUCAUGAAACCAAAAGGUCAGCUUCCUCCCGGACCACGGGGAUGGCCAAUCGUUGGGAACAUGCUCCAAAUGAUCAUCAACCGGCCGGCUCACUUGUGGAUCCACCGCGUCAUGGAAGAACUGCAGACGGAUAUAGCUUGCUACCGCUUUGCCCGUUUCCAUGUCAUCACCGUGACCUCAAGCAAGAUUGCCCGUGAAGUGCUUAGGGAAAAGGAUGAGGUUCUCGCAGAUAGGUCAGAGUCAUACGCGAGCCAUCUCAUAAGCCAUGGCUAUAAGAACAUUUCUUUCUCUUCCUACGGAGAGAACUGGAAGCUGGUAAAGAAAGUGAUGACCACCAAACUUAUGUCCCCGACAACAUUGAGCAAAACCCUCGGUUAUAGAAACAUAGAAGCGGAUAAUAUCGUCACAUAUGUCUACAAUCUAUGCCAACUAGGGUCAGUGAGGAAGCCUAUUAACGUGAGAGAUACGAUAUUAACUUAUUGCCACGCCGUGAUGAUGAGGAUGAUGUUUGGUCAGAGGCAUUUUGAUGAAGUGGUAGAGAACGGCGGUCUCGGGCCAAAAGAGAAAGAGCAUAUGGACGCAAUAUACCUUGCUCUUGAUUGUUUUUUCAGCUUUAACUUAACGAAUUACAUCCCUUUUCUUAGAGGAUGGAACGUAGAUAAAGCGGAGACAGAAGUAAGAGAAGCGGUUCAUAUAAUCAAUAUAUGUAAUGACCCCAUCAUCCAAGAAAGAAUACAUUUAUGGAGGAAGAAAGGUGGAAAACAAAUGGAAGAAGACUGGCUCGAUAUCCUUAUCACGUUAAAAGAUGAUCAAGGAAUGCAUUUGUUCACAUUUGAUGAGAUUAGGGCUCAAUGCAAGGAAAUCAAUCUUGCAACAAUUGACAAUACGAUGAAUAACGUGGAGUGGACGAUCGCGGAGAUGUUAAAUCACCCAGAGAUUCUUGAGAAAGCCACAAAUGAACUGGACAUAAUAGUUGGUAAAGACAGACUUGUGCAAGAAUCAGACAUAUCACAACUCAACUACAUCAAAGCAUGUAGCAAAGAAUCUUUUCGGCUUCACCCAGCUAAUGUGUUCAUGCCCCAUCAUGUUGCAAGAGAAGAUACUACCCUCGCGGGUUAUUUUGUCCCCAAAGGCAGUCAAAUUCUUGUGAGUCGUUUGGGGCUUGGUCGGAAUCCUAAAAUAUGGGACGAGCCUAACGCGUUCAAGCCAGAAAGAUACCUUGAUGGCCAUGUCGAGAAGUCAUUGGGCGUGACUUUGAUGGAACCGGACAUGCGAUUCGUUACAUUCGGCACCGGUCGGCGUAGCUGUCCGGGCACUAAGAUUGGGACAUCUAUGACCAUCAUGUUGUUAGCCAGGCUUAUCCAAGGGUUCGAAUGGACUCUCCCUAUUGGUAAAAGUUCAGUGGAGCUCAUUUCGGCGGAGAGUAACUUGUUUAUGGCCAAGCCUCUACUCGCAUGCGCGAAACCUAGGUUGGCUCCAAGUUUAUAUCCGAAAAUCCAGAUCUAG